AUGUCGUCGUCGUCGUCGUCGUCCAUACCAAAGAAGACCUUCUCCUGGCUCAAGUUCUUCAUGAGCUGCAGCAUCCCAGAGGAGAUGGCGCAAACGUACACGGAGGUGUUCAAUGACAACCACAUGAAGUCGGAUAUGCUCGCUGAUCUCGACAAGGAGAUCCUCCAGGAUCUCGGCAUUGUGAGCAUGGGUCACAUCAUCCGGAUCCUGAAGCGGGCAAAGGCGUUGAUUGAGUAUCAGGAGAAGCAGCGUGCAAAGGCACGGCGAUCGCAGCAGCCCGAGGCCAGCGACACGCAACAGCAACAGCAGGAUCAACAGCAGGAUCAACAGCACCAGCAUGAGGAGCACCAACCAGCACAACACAUGCAUCAUCACCAGCAGCACCAGCAGCACCACCAAGCCCUUCCAAGUGCACAGCACGGCAUGGUGCAAGCGCAGUAUCCAGUGUAUGGCGGUGUACCCGUGACGUAUGCGCCCCACCAGCAGUAUGUGCAAGAGCAGCAACAGCAGCCGCAGUCAUACGUGCAGCCGCAUGGCCAGUAUGACCCUUCGCAAGCGCAGAUGCUGCACGCGCAACAGCAGCACGCGCUGCGGUGCCGCAUGCCGAUCACGAUGAGCUGCAGCAAGUGCCCGCAUCUCGUGUCAAAGUCACUCCAACAGGGUCGCGGGUCUGUUGGUGCGCAGAUGGAUGCCGUCGACUCAGACAAGCAACUGCACACGGGCCGGCUCGCACCUCAGACGAAGAAGAACGGCAGCAGCAAGAACAACAACGCCAGGCACAAGAACAGCAAGAAGCGAAACAGUGGUGGUGCUGCUGCUGGUGCGACUGGUGGCAGUGGCGGUGGUGCCAAAUCCAUCUUCAACCGCCUCUCCAAAUAGUUCCCACUCUUGUGUUUGUGUGUCUGUGUCUGUGUUUGUGUGUCUGUGUCUGUACGUGUGUGUACCUGUGUGUCUGUGUCUGAACGCGUGUCUCUGUGUGUCUGUGUCUGAACGUGUGUGCCUGUGUUUGUGUGAUGGUGCCACAAACGGAUGGGCCACAAUACACUUCUCUGUGC